AUGGCGCCAGCUCGUCACGAGACUGGGCCUCCCCAGCUGGACGGAGCAGGAGACAACACUUCGUACGGCACCAGAUCCUCGAAGCGCAAGGCAUCAGAAAUCAGUUCUGCUCCUCCCCCUCCAGCUUCUACUCUUGGUAGAUCUCCUCCUUCAAAAGUUUCAGCAAGAGCUGCAAAGGCCAAAUCUGUUGCAAAGAAGCCAGUUACAGCCACUGAGCCUAAGCCCCGCCAACCUGCAACCAAGAAACGUCGAUCUUCAUCGACAAUUGCACUAGAACUCCCCAGCUCUUCCUCAUCAGCAAAUCAAAUCCUAGAAGAGCCACUUGCCGAGCAAAACUCGCUGAACUCCAGCAAUCGCAAUUCUUCUCAAGCAAAUGACGAGGAUCUUGAGCCACAACCUGAUUCGGCUACUCCCGGUCCCGAGCAAGAUCCAUCAAGUCAGCCACUUCGUGAUAUCCAAGUUGAUGGCCCCAGUGGAUCUAAUGAGGAUGAUCCGGAUGCUGACGCUGACGGAGAUGACGAAGAAGAAGUCCCGGCUCCUGAAGAAGAUGUCGUUAUUCCCAAUGGCGUCCAAGAACCAACUCGUGGCCGUGGCCGGGGACGUGGUCGCGGUGGACGUGGAUUUAGAGGCAGCUCUCGAGGUCGAGGCUCACGUGGAAGAGUAAAGACCAAGACCGGAGUUGGUGCUCGUGGUGCCAAACCAGCUGUCGCUUCUACUCGGGGCAGAGGCCGGGGUCGUGGUGGACGCAGAAAGAAGCCAGAGAACCCUCGCAUCGAUGCUUACCACAAGCGCAAACUUGACUUGAAGGCUCAAUUCAAGCUUCUGUCUUCAUUGCAACGACAGGCUCUGUCAGUUCUCGCCGACAAGUCCAUUGAGAUGAUGCAGAAUGACCCGCUGUACCACGAGACCCUUCCGGAAUUUGAUCAAGUUUCCAAGGAGCUUGAAGAGGUGUUUAAGAAGAACAGAGCUCAAGCAGAUGUACUAAUUGCGCGUGAAAAAGGUUUGGCAAAGCGCACUUACGAUUAUAAUGUGCACGUGGUCAAUCAGCAGUAUCAAACAUCUGUCGAGGACAUUAAGGAGAAGUAUGAGCAUCUUAUCAUGGAGCAUGCCACUUAUGUCUACGCCAAAGGUAUGGCUGGUGGAGAGCUUGGCGAUAUCCCAUUCUCACAAGGCGAGGAUGGUCGAAUCGUAAAGGACUCUUUGCUUCCACAGAAAAAGGUUCACGGGACUGGAUUACCGUUCAUGAAUCCUCCUGUUGCUGUCAGCAACCUCCGUAGCGCCUCAGGUGACAAUGACUAUGAGCAACAUCCCGCCAAUUGGUGGCAAGCCAAGUCAAAGAAGGAGAGAUCUGCAAUCCUCAGAAAGCAAGCUGAAUGCGUUGCUGAAAAGGAGCGCCUCCAUAGAAAGGAGACCGGCCGGUCCAAAAAGGGAGGACGCCAAGCUCUUUUCAACACCCAGCAAGAGACUGCCGAAGGUGCUGAGGGCGAAGAGAAUGGUGACGAACAGCCUGAUGAAGCUGCACCAUCUGAGGGUCCUUCUCGUGAACCUUCUCGUGAACCUUCACGCGGUGCUUCUCGCCCACCUACCAGAGAGGGCUCAACACCCGGAGAAGUCGAUCAGAAUGUCAGCGAGGACAUUGAAGAUAGUGACGCUCUUCCACAGGAGGUUGAUGAGUAUGGAGUCAGCAUUCCACGUAAGAAGGUUCGCCGCGAUCAGCCUGCAGCUUACAACCGAAUCAUUGGCGAUGCCCCAGUCAGAUUCGAGCCCCACGAGAUUGGUCUUCGCAGAACUCACAUGGCCAGACAACCAGAUGGCAGCUACAAGAAGCUUGGGAGAGACAUUGAUCCUAAUCCAGCCAGUGGCAAGUUCUACUAUGAGCAGCGACAGGGCCGCUACAACGCUGGCAAGAAUCAACCUGAAGAUCUUGACCAGGAGAUUGUUUCCACCCACAAAAUUCAUCCCCGACUUGGUCUCCCACUACCAGGCUCUCUUAACCCUGACAUUGAUGAGUGCGAAGAUCCAUACUUCAAAGAUCGCACCGACUGGGGUGCUGAGUGGAAGAACACCAACCCUGUCAUGUUCAUCCAUCACAAUGAGGAUGGCACCAAAACCAUUGAACGAACAUCUCGUUCUGAAUGGAUGUACCGAGCAAAGAGAGGAUUCGAGCAGAUCUCCCCCGCGGAGAGAAUGCACAAUUUACUUGCUCAGUCUGGUGAUCUUGAGAGCAGGCCCGCCCCACCUGUUACUCCCGAGCCUCCUCAAGUCAUCUCCAAGGACUUGGUUGAUGCAGUCGAUACAGCAGCUGAGACCCAAAAACAAGAAGAGCAACGUGCUGCAGAAGAGGCUCGUAUCCAAGCCAGCCGACCUGCCCAGCAACAAAUGUACUCUCCUGCCCCUCCUCCACAAACACCAAACUUCACCAGUCCUUCCACAUCUGUUUACUCACCACCAAGUGCAUAUCCACCACAGCACAUUGGCUUCUCUCCUAUUCAACCUACUCCUCAGCCUAUGCCUCCACCAUCCCGCCAGACAGGUUACGAUCCAGUCAGAGACCGUACCUAUAUUACUCCUUACUCCCAACCACAGCCACGCCCAGCACCUCCCCCUCCUCCUCCACCUCAACCACACGCAACAUACAACAGCGGCGGCGGCAAUCUCUCUCAGCUAGCAGACUUAGCAUUUCACUACGGAGGCGGCACCGACGGCGCAAACGACUACCACAACACCAUGCCCCCUCCACCUCCCUACCAAUCACCCCUCCAUCCCUACGGCCACCCUCACAUGCAUCCUCCUCAGCAACAGCCGCAACGCUUGCCAGUCAUGAUGAGCAGUAUGGGUCCUGGCAUGGGUGUCUUCGGCCAUCAGCAAGCACAUUCUUCGCCUUAUGGCCCACCUCCACAUCAGUCUUCUCGUGGUAGCGCUGGUAGUCGGAGACCUACGAGAGAGUUGCGUCCUGCUCCUCCAGCUGCUAGACCUCCUCCUCCUCCACCUCCACAGCAACACCAGCAGCCUCCUCAUCAGCAGCCUUAUCGUGGAUACGGUGGGAGUGGAUACCAGUGA